AUGGCUGCCAUCGGAGCAAUGUACUCACGAGACAAGUAUGGCGGCCUUGCUAUCGCCCUCAACGAGCUGGUACGGAGGGUCAUCAUUUAUACUCGCGAGAAGGAUCAGCGAGCCAUGUUCGACUUGAGAUUUGCGCAAGCGUCCCUCCUACAGUCCGUCUUCGGCCUAUUUUGUGGAUCACGAAUGCUGUACCAGCAUGCCGAGAUUAGCAGAGGCAGUUUGGUAACUGCGGCGAGAAGAAUGCAUCUCCUUAGGCCUAGUUUGUCAUUCGUGAAAGAGCUUCAGAAGAAUGGAAAUGAAUUCAGCGAAGAGGAAUUAAAGAAGGCGCAAGCUGAUGACGAGGAGAGGAGAAACCUGGGGUGGGGUAUAUACCUUUACGAUAUGCAGAUAUCCGCACUUCUCAAUGUUGCCCCUCUUUUGUCUGUAGGCGAGAUAAAUGUUCCUCUGCCAAGUGGUGAUGAGGCUGGAAGGGGCCACCAGCCUUCGGCCUUGGACAUGAAUUUGGGACAAGACGGGCCCAAUUUUCGAGAGGUGCUAGAGUCACUACUUUUGAAAGGAAAGCUAUCGCAACCCUUGAGUUCUUUUGGGUUGUCCAUUGUUGCAUACACUCUUUACAGACUAUGCACAGAUGCAGCCGUAUUCGAUUCGGUGUUGCCAGCGUCCAGGCCACCCCGAGAAAAUCCCUAUCGUCUUGCCUUCCCGCCUACGUUUAGAUUCAACCCGCAACAGCUCCUCGACCAACUUUCUGCAUCGUGUCAUUCCUUGCCCAAUAAGCCCAACACACUCAUACUAAGUGUAACUGCUCUUUCACACCUGGGCCACAUUCAGUUCACAUGGCCCAAUUUUCUUCAAAACAUCAAGGUAGCGGCGGGGAAAUCUGGAACAGAUGAGAGCAAGGCGGACGCUCGGGAAUGGGUUCGAGCUCGCAUUGAAGAGGACCCAGUUAUCACGAGGGGGUCUGACAAUAGCGCUGCAAGUGACUGGAUACAACAUGGGGGCGAGAUAGCAUUUCAGGGCCUCGGAAGCAUGUCUGAACUGACCAUCUCUAAAGUUCUGUCAAUCUUUAUUGAGCGGUUGGAAAGCAUGUCGUGGGGUAUAGCUCAACGAUUCAAACAUGUAUUACUAAGUCUACAAAGGGAAGAGUAG